AUGAAAAUUGUGAAAACAAUCAUUUUGAUUCUAUCCUUUUUCCUAAUCUGAGUCUACCUUUAUGACAAGCAGAUGAUUAUCAAGCGAUUCAGCUUCGAUAUGGAGUCUAAGCACAUGCCUCAUGCCUAUCAUACCUUUGGAGCAUCCACAAAACUGAAGAACAAGAUUAAGCUUAUCCCUGAAGUGGAUCUUAGAUAUGGAGGGGUUUUCCUAAACCAGAAGUAUAGGUCUACCUCUUUCUCUAUGGACUUUACAUUCAAGAUUAAUUCUCCCACACAGAGCUCGGAUGGAUUCGUGUUCUGGUUUACCCCUGAAAUUCCCACAUUUGACUUUAAAUCUGGCAGAAUUCAUGGUGUAGAGCAGAAAACCAGUGGAUUCUCCAUAUGGCUUCAUAAAGACGAGAGAGCAAGAGAAGGAACUAGAUGGAGACUUUUUGGACAUUAUGAUGCAGGCAAGGGCGUACCACUUGAAAGAGGUAAAAUCUUGCCUGAGAAUUCAUGUACCUUCAUGAUUGAUCCGACCCGAGUACCUGCUAAAGUUCGAGUUGAAAAGAUAGAAUCUCAGAUCAAGGUCUUUGUGAUAGAUGACAACUCCAACUCAGAAAAUUGGAGAUCAUGAAUCACUACUAGAUACAAUGGAAUUCCAAAGGAUGGAUUCUUCGGAUUUACUUCAGGAAAUGCCAAUGGGAUUAGGAAUGAUAUCGACAUCCUCAAAAUAAUAAUCGCAGACCUUGAUCCAAACUCCCCAUACGUUCAAUUUGAUGAUGACAAGAAAACAGAAACCAGAUAUUUCUCUCUAAAAGAUGAAGAAGAAAAAGAAUAUGAAGAUGAUCCAGAAACAGCCAAUGACAUUUUCCACAUGAAGAGAAAAGUUAGUAAAUACUCUGAAGCAGGGAAAGGAAUUCAGUUCUUAUCAUCAGACUCCCAAGAAGACGUUCUUUACAAAGUUUAUGAAGGUCUGCAUCAGUUCAACCUUAAUAUGAAAGAGAUGAUCAAAGAAGCUAGGUAUAAACUAAUGGAUCCCAACUCUAAAGUUGAAGAAACAAGUGUGCCUAAUCUCAUGAAAGACCUUACAUACACAAGGGACUCUAUAGAGUAUAUGGGACAGAGCAUUAACAACCUUAACAAAACUUUGAACUAUUUGCUCAGUGGGCAAUACGCCCAAGAUGCAGCGAGAAUGCAGCAAACUGCAACGUACCAAGUAUCUGCUGAAGAAGAUGUCAUCGAUAGAUUAAAUGUAAAACUCACUGAAUUAGAAAGAAAAUAUGAAAGUCAUAAAGGGACUUUAGAGACUAAAAUUGUAAAUAUCAACAGGCAGACUCAGAUCCAUAACCAAGAGAUGAAAAGCAGAGUGCAGCAGAAGAUGAGUGAGAUCGGGAACAUCAACAGUACGCAAGAAGGUGAUGGGCUGUUCUAUAUCCUCCUGGCCUCUGUAGUUCUCCUCGGGAUCUUCAUCUACAUCAACCGUAAAAUGCAGGAGAGCAAGAAGAAGCAUAUUUUGUAA